GUGCUCCUCAUGCCAACCCAGCCGAAGGCGAAGAUCUAUCAAGAAGAAUGGGAGAGGCGGCUUCAUGAUGUCCAGGUCUCGAAAGAGGAUCUGAACAGGCUCGUCAUGGACUAUCUCGUCAUUGAGGGAUACAAGACCGCCGCCGAGGAGUUCAGCAAGGAGGCUGGGAUGGAGGCUCCGGUGGACUUCGAAUCCAUCGAGAAUAGGAUGAACAUCCGGGAGGCGCUGCAGCGCGGCGAUGUCGGGGACGCCAUCACGCGCGUGAAUGAUCUGAACCCUGAGAUCCUCGACACAAAUCCGUCUCUGUACUUCCGGCUUCAGCAGCAGAAGCUCAUUGAGUACAUCCGGCAAGGCAAGGUCGCGGAAGCACUGGAAUUUGCUCAGGAGGAGCUUGCUCCCCGGGGUGAAGAAAGUCCGGAGUUUCUGUCCGAACUCGAGCGCACGAUGGCGUUGCUAGCCUUCGAGUCGUCUCCCUUGAUGCCCACGUCAGUGAGCGAGCUGCUAUCUCCUGCGCAGCGCUUGAAGACCGCGGCGGAGGUGAACGCAGCGAUUCUGGAAAGCCUCAGCCAGGGCAAGGAGGCGAAGCUAGUGGGGUUAUUACGCCUACUGUGCUGGGGCGAGGCCAUGUUGGAGGAGCGUGCUGAUUUGCCGAAGCUUGACCUCAGUGAUGGAACGUUCGGCGCCAACAGAUAGGCAACGUUCGCCGUGCUGUUUCGACCGUGUUGUUGGCGCGCUGUGAGAUACCAUGUAUUAUUACGGACAUGUAAUAUGGAGACAUUUGCGAUUCGGC